GCCAUCGCCUCGCUGCCUGCCUACCACAGCUUGGGUAACAUCGGGUGAGCUUCGCAAGAUCUGGCUGUUUGGCGUCGGGGGUUACACCAAGUUUGUGUCCAUGGCCAUGCAGCAAGUACCUUCGUCGGCUGCGUGCCGAGCAGAGGGAGGAGGUCAAGAGAAAAGGCAGGCCCGAGGAAUCACGGCUGACGGCAGUGGUCAUGCGACAAGAUUUGUGCAUCUUCCUCUGACAGCAAGGGCACAUCAGCCAGCCAAGCCGUCCGUGCAGGCAGUGUGUGUCGGGGGGUGAAGUCCUGGGGAGGGGCUCGACUUCGUUAGGUUGAUAGCGUGCAGACUCAUGCUGGGUUUUGUAGUCUGGACAUCGAUACACAUAUCGGCCUUAAUGAUCUGUUUCUCUACUCGUCUGGAGACGGGCAAUCCGUUCAUCGACACUCACUCAUUCGUCUCUCUCUCUCUCUCUGUGUAUGUGUGUGUGUGUGUCGAUGUGUGUGUCGAGUAGCACGGUUUGCUGCGGUUUGUGGUUGACGUCGAGGCGAUGGAGUCGAGUGUGCACACGGCCAUCCUCAGCAAGACCAGCUUCGCCCUCUUCUCGGGCACCGUCAAGGACAGGGAAUACGACAUCAAAGACAUCAGACUGCCGCUCGAGACAUUCGGACUCGACAAGUGCUUCGGUCAGCCACACACACACUCGAGAGACGACAAGUGUGCCGAUCUGAGUGAGUUGGCCAUCCAUCCAUCCAUCCAUUCAUCAGGCAUUCGUUUGUUCGAGGGCUUCGCCGAUCUCAUCUGCGCCCCAAACCGAAGAGUCGCACACACACGAGCCACACACACAAUGACGCACCUGCCUCUCUCUCUGUGUGUGUCUUCUCUGCUGCAGACGCGCAACGUGUGGAUGAAUGCGCUGAGCGAGGAGGUGCUGUGUUUCAAGACGGGCGUGAAAGGCUCGCUGCCGCUGGAGCCGGGCCCCGUCCUCGAGGCCGAGGCGACGGGCGUCGAGCAGCCAAGCGGCGUCAACAUCCACGUCGAGGAGAACCUCGAGGGCGAACCAAACAUCAAACUCGACGGCAUCAACAUCACACAACUCGCACAGGUAGCACAUCGACACACACAGACACAGACACACACACACAGACACACAGACACACAGACACACAGACACACACACACAGACACACACACACACAGACUGACGAAGCAAUGUCUCUCUGUGUCUGUGUGUGUGUCGCCCUCAAGGCGGCGGCCAAGGGCGAGUUGGACGACAGUGAGCCCAAGCAGACGAGACGACAGAAACUCAUCGCAACAGAGAAACUCGAAGACCGUACCACACACACACACACACACGAACAAGGUGUCUCGUUGGAAAUGGCUGUGUGUGUCGUGCGUGCAGUCGAUCUGCGCAAGUUGGGUGCGGAGGGCCUCAAGUCGAAGGAGCGGAUGGCGGCGGCGGCCGUCAGGGAGGCGUUGGCCGAGAGAGGCGCAGUCAAACUCCAACAGGCGCCGCAGUUUGGAUACGCACGGCUGACCUCGCCCGCCAACACCGCUGCUUGAGCAAAGAGCAAAGAGCAGAGAAAUGAGGACAAGCAAUGCGUCCAUCUAUGUGUGCGCGGUGUCAAGUGGCUUUGAACGAACCAUACUCCUGAUUGCGAUUGAAAAAGGCCUUGCGCG